GGCCAAAGGCACAACAUUACCCAAACAGACUGUAAAGGAAAACUGCUUCAGACGGCCUGCGGGAUUGGAUAAAGCUGUGCGCUGCUGUGUUUCCUGUUUUCCUCUGAAAAGUAUUCUGAGCGACAUCCAUCAGCUGCUGGAAGCCUCAACUUGUACUGUUGAACCCGGAGGAGAAGCCUUCCCCCGGCUCCCUGACAGCUUUUUGGACAUAUAUUUUUGUUCUAUCUUACUGUGUGAUGCUUUAGGAGGCUCCUUCCGGCUGUGGCAGUGUAGCAGAGUUGUUGUUGUUCUGCACAAAAAGGGGAGACAUUUUCCAAUGACUUGCAGACUGUCGAAAUCCUGAAAUAUUAGUCCCGGCGAGGAGCAGAUAUCGGUGCUGAGACACAUGCUGCGGGGCUUCUGUUAUUGGUAUGUUUAUUCAUCGUACAUGGAAGAGAAAAUAUAGAAAAAUAAUUUGGUAAUAAGAAAGAAAUAACACCUUACCUUAGACUAAAUUCGACUAAGAAAACCUAAAUCUGUGCGGUUAUUUAUGAAUUAAUCAUAGCUGAUUAAUAAUGAGAGCUGCAGAGAUUCGGAUGACGAUUUCCAUUGGCAGAUGAGACGUAGUGGGGAGAACACGUGUCCAAUUUUCCCUCAUAUUUUUUCCUCCCUGAUCUGGAUUUUUCACUUGUCACGGCAAAAAAAGGAACCCCUAAAAUAGGACUUGUGAGAGGCGUUUCUGCGCCGGCUUUCGCCUCUGAUGGACAUCUUGGCUUGCAGAUCCGAAGAGAACAGUUAUAAUAUCAUCCCCUCUGCGGCAACCAUGCUUUUCCAUGGCCUCCCUGGAGGCGACGUGCACGGUGUGGUGGAAGAAAUGGACCGGAGAGGAAAGAGCGAGUCAGCAGCCAUCAGCUCGGCCAUCGAUAUGGGGGAGUCAGAUACGUCCAUGCCGUGUAUGCCCGGGGAGCGCGUGGCUCUGUGCGCGGGCUGCGGCAGGAAGAUCGCGGACCGGUACUACUUGCUGGCGGUGGACAAACAGUGGCACAUGCGCUGCCUUAAGUGCUGCGAGUGCAAGCUGAACCUGGAAUCAGAGCUCACCUGCUUCAGCAAGGACGGCAGCAUCUACUGCAAGGAGGACUACUACAGAAGAUUUUCGGUGCAGAGGUGCGCUCGGUGCCACCUGGGGAUCUCGGCCUCGGAGAUGGUGAUGCGGGCCCGGGACCUCGUGUACCACCUCAACUGCUUCACGUGCACCACCUGCAGCAAGAUGCUCACCACCGGGGACCACUUUGGCAUGAAGGACAGUCUGGUGUACUGUCGGCUGCACUUUGAGACUCUCAUCCAGGGAGAAUAUCAGACUCAUUUUAACCAUGCGGACGUUGUCCCGCACAAAGGCCUGGGCCCGGCCAACACUCUCGGACUAUCCUACUUCAACGGCGUGGGCUCGGUGCAGAAGGGCCGACCCCGGAAGAGGAAGAGCCCCGGGCCGGGGGCCGAGCUGGCGGCUUAUAACGCAGCGCUCAGUUGUAACGAGAACGACGGCGAGUCCAUGGACCGGGACUCCCAGUACAGCUCCAGCCAGAAGACCAAGCGCAUGAGGACGUCCUUCAAGCACCACCAGCUGAGGACCAUGAAGUCCUACUUCGCCAUCAACCACAACCCAGACGCCAAGGACCUGAAGCAGCUGGCCCAGAAGACCGGCCUCACCAAGAGGGUCCUUCAGGUCUGGUUCCAGAACGCCCGGGCCAAGUUCAGGAGGAACCUGCUGCGGCAGGAGAGCACGGGGGGGGACAAGGCCUCGGACGGCUCCACGCUGCCGGGGGGGACGCCGUCGGGCCCGGCCUCAGAUAUCUCCAACGCCUCCAUGAGCCCCUCCAGCACCCCCACCACCCUCACAGACUUGACCAACCCAACCAUGCCCACCGUCACCUCAGUGCUCAGCUCCGUGCCGGGCGGCAUGGACGUCCACGAGUGCCGGAGCCCGUCACAGACCACGCUGACCAGCCUCUUCUGAUGCCCUCCCCUCCCCCUCUCAACUCUGCUCCUCCCUACUGGAUCUAAAACUAAGAACUGUUGACUCCUUCCAACAUUACAUGGAUUAGAGAAGAGAAGGUAACGGAAACAUGAAAAAAUAAAUAAUUUCGCUCUGAGCCCAUUAGAGACUAUUUGCAUAGUGAGGCGGCCGGGCCUUAUACAGAUGGAGCAGUUGUUGUUAUUUUGAUGUUGUUGUCUUGUCGAGAACUGAGGAGACUUGAUUUGCAUUUUUCAAUGUUUACAGAAAGAGACUGCGGGAAAAAAGAAACUGCUUAAUUUUUAAUUCAUUCAUUUUUUCCAGCACAGUAUUUAUGUUGUUGUUCAAGAGUCACUGUUAGAAAGGAUUGUAAAAUAUUCUUUUUUUGAAAAU